AUAUUUGCGCGUGAUUCGGGUUCUACUAGUGUGAGUUCUUCUUGUUCUACUAGUGACUGUUGGGUUUUAAGGUUUGUUUGUUUUGUUGUUGGUAUUUCGUACUAACUAAGAAAGAUGAGCUAUCUUGGUGUUGGUGUGAGUCCUGGGAAUGUCCCAGUGUAUCAUGGGACCAAUCUAAAGGUAGUUGAUUGGAGGGUGAGGGUUGCAGAGUUGGUAUUGAGGUGUGCAAUCUGUGUCUUAGGUAUUCUUGCUGUUGUUCUUAUAGGUUCUGAUACUCAGGUCAAACAGAUCUUCUCCAUCCAAAAGAAAGCUAAAUUCACAGACAUGAAAGCUCUAGUGUUUGUGGUGGUAGCGAAUGGGUUAGCUGCGGGCUAUUCACUGGUACAAGGAUUGAGGUGUGUGGUGAGUAUAGUAAGAGGGACUGUGCUCUUCAACAAGCCCUUGGCUUGGGCUAUUUUCUCUGCUGAUCAGCUUAUGGCAUACAUGAUGGCGGCUGCGGUGGCAACUGCACUACAAUCUUCAGUGUUUGCCAAGUUUGGGGAGACAGAGCUGCAAUGGAUGAAGAUCUGCAACUUAUAUGGGAAAUUCUGCAACCAAGUCGGGGAGGGAAUAGCCACAGCACUAAUUGCUAGCCUUGGCAUGGUCGUCCUCUCAGCUAUUUCAGCUUUUAGUCUUUUUCGCUUGUAUGGUGGGAACAAAGUUAAGAGCAGUGCAACAUGGUAGGCUAAGCUCGCUCGCUCUAUUGUUCAACUAAUUAAACUACAACCUUCUUCACCCUCUCUUUAACCAUAAAGAUUUGUAACUUGAGAAAGUGCACUUUGUGACUUAACCAGUUUGUAAAAUAAAAACAAAGAGACGAGUGUUUGUGGAGUUUGGGAGUAGAUUUCUCUUUUCUACA